AAAAAAAGACAAAAAAUAAAAAAAAAUAAAUUGGGUAGUAGAAGGAGUUCCAUGUGACGCAGCCGGUUAAGGAACUGGCUUUGUCACUGCAGUGGCUUGGGUCACCACUGUAACACAGGUUCGAUCCCUGGCCUCGGAGUUUCCACUGGGGCCAAAAAAGUAAAUAAAUAAAUUGGGUUAUAGAAUAAAAAGGGCAGUGAUAGCUCUUUGCAGUUAAUUUUUUAAUGUUAUGCACUAUCGAUGGUCCCUAUCUCACCAGACCAAGGGCUAUUUUUCACCAAACUUGUGUUUUGUUUCAGAAGCCUUGAAGUUGUAGAUUGCAUACUUGGAAAAUGUGAUUAGCUGCAAUGACAUGGCCUUGGUGCCUGAGUUUAUGACAAAUAAGUAAUUGAAUGGCUGAUAUAUACCUUUGGAUGUGUAUUUCUAAGCAGCUGACUAGGUAUUUUCCUUCAUUUAAAAAAAAAAAAAUCUUCUCAUAUGACUUGCUAGGGUAAAGGUGUCAUUUAAGUUGAAAUUGAGGAAUAUACACAGAAAAUUGCUGUGGCUACAGUGAGGAAGCCCAAGGUAUGAUUGGUUUAGGGGAUUUUUUUGGCCACACCCAUGGCAUAUGGAAGGGUAGUCCCCAAAGGGCAGUCCCCGGGCUGGGAUGGAACCUGAGCCACAACAGUGACAAACGCUGGAUCCUUACCAUUAGGCUACCAGGGAAGUUGGCUUCGUGUUUUAGAUUCCACCAUCUCCCAAGCCCAGGAAGCAUUCUGUGUGGACCUCUGUCUUCAGCUCUUGUGGAACUCCAAGAUGGGAGGCAAGCUGAGCAAGAAGAAGAAGGGGUACAAUGUGAAUGAUGAGAAGGCCAAGGACAAAGACAAGAAGGCUGAAGGAGCCGGGACAGAAGAGGAAGGAACCCCGAAGGAGAAUGAGACCCAGGCGGCUGCAGAGACCCCAGAGGUGAAGGAGGGCAAGGAGGAGAAGCCAGAGAAGGAUGCUCAGGACGCUGGCGGCAAGCCAGACGACAAGGAAGGCGAGAAAGAUGCAGAGGCGGCCAAGGAAGAUGCGCCGAAGGCAGAGCCCGAGCAGACGGAGGGAGCCGAGGGCAAGCAGGAAACCCCAAAGGAUGCUGAGCAGGAGGCGGCAGCUGCUUCGGGCCCCGCGGCCGGCGGUGAAGCCCCCAAGGCUUCGGAGGCCGAGGCAGCGGAGCCCGCAGCCCUCACCAAGGAUGACAAGAGCAAGGAGGCAGGGGAACCCACAAAGACUGAGGCUCCCGCAGCUCCUGCCGCGCAGGAGACGAAAAGUGACGGGGCCCCAGCUUCAGACUCAAAACCCAGCAGCACUGAGGCUGCCCCAUCCUCCAAGGAGACGCCAGCAGCCACGGAAGCACCCAGUUCCACGCCGAAGGCCCAGGCCCCCGCAGCCCCCGCAGACGAGGUCAAACCUGCCGAGACCCCGGCAGCUAAUUCCGAUCAAACCGUAGCAGUCAAAGAAUAACAAGGACAGCCUCUGGAGAAACGAAUACCGCUUAACAAUGAUCUGUCUCUCUGUCUCUCUCUUUCUCUCUCUCUCUGUCUCUCUCUCCUACACUAACUCGUUUCAAAUUGGAAGUAAUGAUACGUAUUGCCCAAGAAAAACGAUGUGGUCCCAUCAAGGGAGGGAGGGAGGGGGUGGGGAGAAUCCAAAUAGUAUUUUUGUGGGGAAAUAUCUAAUAUACCUUCAGUCAACGCUACCAAUCAGUCCUGGAGUUUAAAGCGCAAUGUCUGAAAGUACAGUACAUCUCUUUGUACCUGAACUGCUGUUACAUGCACUCCACCACUAAGGUCCGAAACAUCUUGUCUUCUGCAAGGGGGAGUCGGGGGUGAUACGUUUUGAUUCUGCCCGCAGGGCCUGUGCCAAGGCAAUCAGAUCUUUAUGAAAGCAGUAUUUUCUGUGUUUUCUUUUUGAUUUACAGCCUUUCUUAUUUUGAUAUUUUUUUAAUGUUGUGGAUGAAUGCUAACUUUCAGACAGCCCACUUAGCCUGUCCACAUGUAUCUCGAUACCAAGACUCCAUUCUUCCUCCCCAGGUAUUUUUGGGAGGAACAAACAUUCUCUCAUCCUACUUAGCCUCCCUAGAUUUCUCAUGACGAGUUAAUGCAUGUCCGUGGUUGGGUGCACCUGUAGUUCUGUUUAUUGGUCAGUGGAAAUGAAAAAAAAAAAAAAAAAAAAAAAAAAAAGUCUGCGUUCAUUGCAGUUCCAGUUUCUCUUCCAUUCUGUGUCACAGACACCAACACACCACUCAUUGGAAAAUGGAAAAAAUAAUAAUAAUAAAAAACAAAAAAAAAGUACAAUGGAUGCAUUGAAAUUAUAUGUAAUUGUAUAAAUGGUGCAACAGUAAUAAAGUUAAAACAAUUAAAAUGAA